AUGGGACUUCUGUGGUGUGUAAUGAGUCUGUACUUCUAUGGGAUCCUGCAAAGCGAUGCCUCAGAACGCUGUGAUGACUGGGGACUAGAUACCAUGAGGCAGAUCCAAGUGUAUGAAGAUGAACCAGCUCGUAUCAAGUGCCCACUCUUUGAACACUUCUUGAAAUAUAACUACAGCACAGCCCAUUCAGCAGGCCUUACUCUCAUCUGGUAUUGGACAAGGCAGGACCGGGACCUGGAGGAGCCAAUUAACUUCCGCCUCCCUGAGAACCGCAUUAGUAAGGAGAAAGACGUGCUCUGGUUCCGGCCCACACUUCUCAAUGACACGGGAAACUAUACCUGCAUGCUAAGGAAUACCACCUAUUGCAGCAAAGUUGCAUUUCCUCUGGAAGUGGUUCAAAAAGAUAACUGCUUCAAUUCUCCCAUGAAACUUCCAGUGCAUAAACUGUAUUUAGAAUAUGGUGUUCAGAAGAUCUCUUGUCCAAACAUAGAUGGAUUUUUUCCUUCUAAUAUCAAACCAAACAUCACUUGGUAUAUGGGCUGUCGUAAAAUACAUAACUUUAAUAAUGUACUACCUGAAGGCAUGAACUUGAGCUUUAUCAUAGCCAUGGUUUCAAAUAAUGGAGAUUACACAUGUGUGGUCACAUAUCCAGAAAAUGGACGUACCUUCACUCUCACAAGAACUCAGACUGUAAAGGUGGUAGGCUCCCCAAACGAUGCAAUGCCUCCUCACAUCUAUUCACCUGAUGAUCAUGUGGUCUAUGAGAAAGAACCGGGAGAAGAGCUACUCAUUCCCUGUAAAGUCUAUUUUAGUUACCUGAAGGACUCUCGCAAUGAGAUUUGGUGGACCAUUGAUGGAAAAAAGCCAGAGGACACCACUAUUGACGUAUCUGUUAAUGAAAGUGUAAUUCUGAAAGUAACAGAAGAUGAGACAAGAACUCAGCUUUUGAGCAUCAAGAAAGUUACUGCUGAAGAUCUCAAGCGCAACUAUGUCUGUCAUGCCAGAAAUGCCAAAGGGGAGGUUGACAGACCAGCCAAUGUGAAACAGAAAGCUCCAAGGUACACAGUGGAACUGGCAUGUGGCUUUGGAGCCACAGUUCUCCUGGUGGUGAUUCUCAUUGUUAUUUACCAUGUUUACUGGCUGGAGAUGGUCUUAUUUUACCGGGCUCAUUUUGGAACAGAUGAAACCAUUUUAGAUGGAAAGGAAUAUGAUAUUUAUGUAUCCUAUGCAAGGAAUGCUGAAGAAGAAGAAUUUGUAUUACUGACCCUCCGUGGAGUCUUGGAGAAUGAAUUUGGAUACAAGCUGUGCAUCUUUGACCGAGACAGUCUGCCUGGGGGAAAUACAGUGGAAGCAGUUUUUGACUUCAUUCAAAGGAGCCGGAGGAUGAUUGUUGUGCUGAGCCCAGAUUAUGUGACAGAAAAGAGCAUCAGCAUGUUAGAGUUCAAACUGGGUGUCAUGUGCCAGAACUCCAUUGCCACCAAGCUCAUUGUGGUUGAGUAUCGUCCCCUUGAACAGCCACACCCAAGCAUCCUACAGCUGAAGGAGUCUGUAUCUUUUGUGAGCUGGAAGGGAGAAAAGUCAAAACAUUCUGGCUCUAAAUUCUGGAAGGCCUUGAGACUGGCUCUUCCACUGAGAAGUCUGAGUGCCAGCUCUGGCUGGAAUGAGAGCUGCUCUUCCCAGUCUGACAUCAGUCUGGACCACGUUCAAAGGAGGAAAAGCCGUUUGAAAGAGCCCCCAGAACUCCAGAGCUCAGGGAGAGCUGCAGGCGCUUCUCCGGGCCCAGACACGAUGUCGAAGCACAGAGGGAAGCCCUCUGCAGGCUGCCGGUGCUGUGUCACCUACUGUGAAGGAGAGAGUCAGCUUAGGAGCAAGAGCCGGGCAGAGAUCCACACCCAGCCCCAGUGGGAGACACACCUUUGUAAGCCUGUUCCCCAAGAGUCAGAAACUCAAUGGAUACAAAAUGGCACCAGAUUGGAACCCCCUGCCCCCCAGAUUUCAGCCCUUGCUCUUCACCAUUUCACGGAUUUAUCCAAUAACAAUGACUUUUAUAUCUUAUAA